AUGUUUGGAUGUAGUGAUGAAAUUGGAUUAGAAUCAUCGGUACUUCCAAUAUCAAUAAUUAGUAAAUUAAAAACUGAAGAAGGUUUAGAGGCAGCUAAUACACCCGUGAAUACUGUAGAUCAUAGUGAAUUUGAUGAAACAUUGAUUGAAGAAAAAAAUGAAAAAAUGAAAGAUAAUAGAAUAAAUAAAAUAAUUGCUGUAAGAACAGAAUCAGUCGUUAACUUAAAAAUUCAAGUGAAUCAUACGAAAGAAGCAUCCGAAAAAUGA